AUGCUGGCAGUUGCCAAGCCUGGGUUUCGGGCAAUUGGACCUGAUUUCAGAGGCUAUGGGCUUUCUGAAGUCCCUGCAGAGCCAGAAAAGACAACUUUUAAGGACCUUGUGGAUGAUCUUCUUGCAAUUCUUGAUUCUCUUGAGCCUCAGAUGGUACCAAGUAUUGAAAUCAAGGAAAUCUUGGACUUAGUUGAUCCAUCUGUGCCAUUACCUUCUUGGUUUAGUGAAGAAGGGCUUGGUCUAGGAGAAUAUAUGACUAGUGGAAAGGUCAAAGAAUAUGUUCCUGAUCUGAAGGUAAUUGUCAUACCGGAAGGAAGCCACUUUGUUCAAGAGCAAUUUCCUGAUAAGUUCAACCAGCAUGUGCUAACCUUCCUAAACAAGCACAAAAGAUGCUGA